AUGCCUGCCAUAGUGGCGCUGUCCUGCUGCAUCACACCACUAUCAUCCACAAAAAAUCGCCGGUGCUGGGAGCAGGAUGAUAAAAUAAGAAAGCCGCGGGGCACUUCCGUGGUUCAUCUCCUCUCCUCCACCAAACCUUAUCUCGCUGCCUGCACCGACGACUUGGAGCGGCCGCGCUCCGUGAUCCAAGCACCCGAAGCGCCGGCGCAGCUCCCCUCGAUGGCCGGCGACGAGCCCCCAACGGCGACGGUCGAGGCCCCGACGACGGAGGCGGCGUGCCAGGACCUGGUGGAGAUCCUGGAGGAGGGAUCGGGCCGGCUGGACAUGGGCCGGUACGUGGACCACGUCCGCGACCUGUCGGCGGGCGCCAUCGCCACCUUCGAGGGCACCACGCGGGACCACUUCGACGGGAGGCGCGUGGUGGAGCUCCGCUACGAGGCGUACGGGGCCAUGGCGCGGCGCCGCCUCGAGGCCAUCCUCCGCGAGGCCCGCGCCGCGCACGCGCUGUGCCGGCUGGCCGUGGCGCACCGCCUCGGGACCGUCCCCGCCGGCGAGGCCAGCGUGUUCGUGGCGGCCUCGGCCGUGCACCGCGCCGACGCCAUGGACGCGUGCCGCUACGUGAUCGACGAGAUCAAGGCCUCCGUGCCCAUCUGGAAGAAGGAGGUGUACGACGACGGCGAGGUCUGGAAGGAGAACCGCGAGUUCCUCGACCGCACCGACGCCGAGAAGAAGGGCAAGCCGGCCGCUGCCGCCGGCCGCGGCGGCGGCGGGUGCUGCGGCAGCAAGGUGAGGGUCAGCUGAUGAGUGGCGGCCGCCGGAUCGCGAUCACGUGGACGUGCCUUUUUUUUCCCCUUGUGUUACGAGAGAUUUUAGUGGAAGAGAAAGGUGAAGUUCGAAUCCAAUAAUAUCUUCACAUUUUGUUACACUGCUGAAUGCAAAUUCUGUGAGAAAAACAAUGUAUGCAGUUCGAAUACAUACUCACGUUGCAGCAAA